UUAAAACUGAAGAAUAUCAUACUGUAGCACUCCAUAACUCCAAAAACCAACCAAAUGGGGAUUGCUCAUUCCGUCAUGAAGAAUAACAAAGGCGAUGAACCGGCAAUACCAUUGACGACUGGAGAUGUGCGUCUCGCUCAAGCCCAGGAGCUGUGGAGCACAGCCAGAGACAAGCCUGUCAAACUGAGGAUGGAGACAUCGGGACUGGGCUCAGAACCUCCAAUGACGAUCCAUCAGAUGUUCCUGGCUACAGUGCAGAAGUACGGAGACUAUCCUGCCCUCCGUGCGAAGAAAGAUGGAAUGUGGGUCUCUCUGUCCUAUAAGGAGUACUAUCAACAUGCAAGAGCGGCAGCCAAAAGCUUUCUGAAGCUUGGCCUGGAGCGAUUCCAUGGCGUUGGUAUUCUGGGCUUCAAUUCUCCUGAAUGGUUUAUAGCCGACGUUGGAUGUAUCCUAGCAGGGGGACUGGCCACUGGAAUCUACACCACUAACUCUCCAGAGGCCUGCCAGUAUGUUGCUCAUAACUGUGAAGCUAAUGUUCUAGUUGUGGAAAACAACAAACAACUGAUCAAAAUCCUCCAGGUCAGAGAUCAGCUGCCACAUUUGAAGGCUAUUGUUCAGUACAAGGGCGAACUGGAGCAGAAGUUACCAAACGUAUAUACGUGGGCUGAAUUCAUGAAGUUUGGAGCAAAUGUUCCUGAUUCUGAGCUGGAUGUGGUGAUAGACAGUCAAAAGGCCAACGAGUGCUGCACAUUAAUCUACACAUCAGGCACCACAGGGAAUCCCAAAGGGGUCAUGCUCAGCCAUGAUAAUAUCACUUGGACAGCCAGCGCAACAGGUCGCAUGAUCAAUCUGAAGAUGGCUGAGGAAGAACUCGUGAGCUACUUGCCCUUGAGUCACGUGGCAGCCCAGGUCCAAGACAUGUGGAUCUGCAUGAGGUUUGCCGGGAUAACCAAUUUUGCCGAGCCGGAUGCCCUGAAGGGCUCCCUGGCCAACACUCUGAGAGAGGUGCGUCCCACGAGCUUCUUGGGAGUUCCUCGAGUGUGGGAAAAAAUGCAGGAAGCAAUGAAAGCCAUUGGUGCAAAGUCGUCUGUCACAAAAAAGAAGAUUGCAGACUGGGCCAAGGGGAUCGGACUUCAAGCUAGCUAUAAUGCCAUGAAUGGUGAUUCCUCAGUGCCGUGGGGCUUCACGCUGGCGAAUGCCCUGGUUUUCAAGAACGUAAGAAAAGCUCUGGGUCUUGACCGCUGUAGGACUUGUUUUACAGGUGCAGCUCCAAUCACCAAAGACACACUGGAGUACUUCAUGAGCCUUUACAUCCCCCUCUUUGAGGUGUACGGCAUGAGCGAGAGCACUGGACCUCACUCCAUCUCCUGGGCUGAGGGUUAUCGCAUUAUGAGUUGUGGUAAGGUGUUGACUGGCUGCAAAACUAAGUUAGACAAGCCAGAUACUGAUGGGACCGGUGAGAUAUGUUUCUGGGGGAGGCAUGUGUUUAUGGGAUACCUGAACAUGCCAGAAAAGACUGAGGAGGCACUGGAUACAGAUGGGUGGCUUCACUCAGGAGACCUGGGCAAACAUGACGAAGAUGACUUCCUGUUCAUCACUGGCAGAAUAAAAGAAUUAAUCAUUACUGCUGGUGGAGAAAAUGUACCACCCGUCCCUAUUGAGGAUGCCCUAAAAGAGGAGGUGUCAAUCAUCAGCAAUGUCAUGCUGGUUGGAGACAAAAAGAAGUUUCUGUCUAUGCUACUCACACUCAAGUGUAACGUUGAUGACAAUGGAGACCCCACAGAUGAACUGACCCCAUUAGCGGUGGAGUAUUGUCGGCAGCACGGUGUAAUUGCCAGCAAAGUUUCUGAGAUCGUUAACAAAAAAGAACCAGCCAUUUACAAAACCAUCCAGGAGGGCAUAGACCGUGUAAAUGCCAAAGCCACAUCCAAUGCCCAGAGAGUCCAGAAGUGGACCAUCGUUCAACGAGACUUCUCCAUAUCUGGCGGAGAACUUGGUCCAACCAUGAAGCUCAAAAGACCCGUCGUCAGUAAAAUGUAUGAAGAAUAUAUAAACAAAUUUUAUGGUGAAUAACAGAAGAACUCAAAUGAAACUGUGGGAAUUAAAUGGCUGACUACACUGGGAUCAUAGUCUUUUGCCUUUGACCAGUAAUCUGUAUUUUGCUCACUCCAGGGCUUCCAAUGGACCUCACUAUUAUAACACAAGUCAAACUUUAGAUCUUUUUAUACCAAUAGAUUUAUUACCUUCGGUCAAACUUUAUAUUAAGUGGCCUUAACUACUGUGUUUACUUACAUCAAAAAAUAAGUACGAUGUACAUAU